AUGCCGGACGAUGCAAUCCCCAGCUCGCGUAUAUCAAGAUCGCCGCCCCGGUCCUCGUCCUCUCCUGAUUCCAUCUUCUCGGCUUGGCGGGAGCGAUUGCUAAACUGGUGGUCGUAUACUUCGUCCGCUCCUUUUGAGUCGUACUCGCAGAUUCCCCAGUCGGAUUUCCCGCUUGACCAACCCCCUAACCAACUGCCCCGGCGUGAAGACGACCCCAAGAUGGAAUUGCUGCGCCUGGACAAGGCCCGAUGGCGCACGUACUGGCUGGCUACCGUGCUGUGCUGCGGCGGGGCCUUAUUCGGAUAUGACUCGGGCGUUAUUGGUACGGUGCUCCCAAUUCUGACAGAAUUCCAACCUACUAAACAUACGAUUCAAUUAGGUGGCGUCCUCACAUUCUCUUCUUUCCAAGACUCCUUUCAGAUCCCUGCAGCCAAGGAAACCAAAGUGAGCUCCAUUGCAGUCGGUAUCCAGCAGGCUGGCGCAUUCGUUGGCUGUUUCCUCAUCUGGCCCGUGACCAACCGCUUAGGUCGGCGUAUGGCGAUGGCGCUGUGCUCGCUCGUGUUCUGUAUUGGUGUGGUGCUGGAGGUCAUCGACACGCACUCGCUGCCGGCAUUUUAUGUCGGACGAGUGAUUUGUGGCCUCGGCAUUGGCGGGUCUGCCACCGUCAUCCCCAUUUACAUGUCCGAGAUGAGUCCCAAAGAGAUCCGUGGUCGGCUGGGUAGCUGCUACCAGCUCUCUUACACCAUCGGUAUCCUGGUGUCGUACUGGAUCGACUACGGUGUCAAAUAUAUGGCCGCUACCCCCGCCCAGUGGCAGAUACCUAUCGGUCUGCAGCUUGUCCCUGGAGCGAUGAUGGGGCUAGGUAUGCUGUCGCUGGACGAGAGUGUACGCUGGCUCCUGGCCAAGGGCAAGACGGCCGAGGCCUGGCGGAGCAUUGUCUGGAUCCGCGCGGGUGAUUCGCAGGCCGUGGCCGACGAAUUCGCAGAGAUCCGCCACGGACUCGAGGAGGAAAAGCACGCAACGGCCGGGUUCAAGCUGAGCGAGCUGCUCGAGGGACCUAAUCGGCAGCGGCUUCUGAUUGCCGGCGGCCUCUUCCUGGCCCAGCAGUCGACGGGCUCAACGGCGCUGGCCUACUUCGGCCCGCAGUUCUUUUCCAUUCUCGUCGGACCCGGUGACAAGAACUUGUUGCUAACGGGCAUAUUCGGUGCCAUCAAGGUGGUCUCGUGUCUGCUCUUUGUGCUGUUCAUGUCUGACCGAUUUGGUCGGAAACCCGUGCUGGCCGGCGGCGCUAUUUUCAUGUCCAUAUGCAUGGUCAUCACCGCUGCGGUGGUGAAGACGCACUCGCCCAGCGAGAGCGGGCCCGUCACUUCAGCGGGCAUCGCCACGGUGGCACUCAUCUACCUGGAUAUCAUGGCGUACAAUUUCAGCUGGGGCCCGCUGCCCUGGCCCUGCACCAGCGAGAUCUUCCCGACGCGCAUCCGCGAGCCCGGCGUGGCCUUCGGCGUGGGCGCUCAGUGGCUCUUCAACUUUGUCUGGAGCUUCUCCACGCCCUACAUCAUGGCGGGCAUCGGCUGGGGCACGUUCCUGCUGUUCGGGGGGCUGGACGUGCUGAUCUUUCUGUUCACCAUCUUCUGUUUGAAGGAGACCGUUGGCAAGUCUCUAGAGGAGAUCAAUGAGAUGUUCGACGGCCAGUCUAUCAAGAAUAUUGAGGGGGACGAUGAGCAGUCGUACUCUGCUGACUCCCCGUCUCAGUAUCUGGAUGCUGAACCGGACUCGAUCUCCGUUGCCAAGGUGUCUACCAUGGAUAAAGCCAGCGACACGCAUGUUGAGGAGUCAACCGCCGGACGGGCUUGA